GGGAGGGAGUGUAAAUAGAGCGGAGGAGGGUUCGCGGCGGUCCUGCCCCCCUCCGAGCGAUUCUCGAGGAGCCCCAGCUGGAGAUGGAAGAAGACGAACAGGAGCAGCGGCGCAGGAAAGUGGAAGCUGGGAGAGCCAAGCUUGCUAGCUUCCGACAGAGAAAAACAAAAGGUGACUGUCCGAAUUCGAAGAAAAAGACGGCGAAGAGGAAGGGCCCGGCUGUCAAUGCGCCUGUCGAGGAGGAGGGUCCGCUAGCCACUCGGAACAGUGAGCUCCCCCACGGACGGGCUGCUUGUGAAAGCCGGUCAUGCAGCGACACCCUGGAGGGGACCAGAGGGGCCUUUGCAGCUCAGGAACAAGAAGACUGUGAACUGGAUGAGACUGGCCUGCAGGCAGAGCAACUACAGCAGCAGCAGGAGCCGCAGCCACCCCAGACAGCCCACAGCCUUGAGCUCGAAGCUCUGCGCCUGAGCCUGAAUCACAUGCACACAGCACAGCUAGAGCUGACGCAGGCCAACCUGCAGAAGGAAAAGGAGACCGCGUUGAAGGAGCUGCGGGAGAUGCUCAAUGGCCGGCGGGCACAGGAGCUGGCGCUGCUGCAGAGCAGGCAGCAGUGUGAACUGGAGCUGAUGCGAGAGCAGCAUGCCCGGGAGAAGGAAGCAGUGGUGCUCCGCUGCGGACAAGAAACAGCUGAGCUGAAGGAGAAGUUACGUUCAGAAAUGGAGAAAAAUGUCCAGAUGAUAGAGACUCUGAAGCAAGAUUGGGAAUCUGAAAGGGAGUUAUGUUUGGAAAAUCUCCGCAAAGAAUUGUCUGCAAAGCACCAGUUGGAAAUGGAGGGUUUGCAAAACCAGUUUCAGAAAGAAUUAUCGGAACAGAGGGCUGAGUUGGAGAAGAUCUUUCAAGCCAAACAAGAGGCUGAAGUUUCCCUGAAGAACCUGGAGACUCAGCACCAGGCAGCUGUCAAGAAGUUACAGGAAGACCUGCAGUCAGAGCAUUGCCAGUAUUUACAAGAUCUAGAGUUGAAAUUCAGAGAAAAGGAAAAAGAAAAAGAGUUGGAGUUAGAGACUCUUCAGACAUCCUAUGAAGAACUAAAGGCUCAGUCCCAAGAAGAAAUCAGGCGCCUCUGGUCCCAGCUUGAGUCUGUGAAAAGCAACAGAGAGGAACUGAAUGGGUCCUGGGAGCCGCUGCUGGCCCGAGACUCUCACCUGGAGGAGCUGGAGCACCUGAGGUCAGACUUCGCGCAGCAGCAGCAGCAGGAGAGAACCCAGCACGAGGCGGAACUGGAGCACCUGAGGGUCUAUUUUGAGAAGAAGUUGAGGGAUGCUGAGAAGACAUACCAAGAAGACCUGACCUUGUUCCAACAGCGGCUGCAGGAGGCCAGGGAGGAUUCUCUGGAGUCUGCCAAAAUCAGUUUGUCCUGUGUGUUUCCAGAGGAGACAUCUGGCAGAGAAACAAAGGAGCAGCCUGACCCGCCUGAUCUUCAGCUUGAGCAGCUGCAGGAGAACUCGACCAGUUUACAAGCAGGACUGGAAGAAGACCCCAGGCGUGAAGCAGAUGUGUUGGACUCUUCCCUCGAUUUCCAGCUGGAGGAGGACAGGUCUCACAGCUUCCACCUGAGGCCCGAGGAAGCCGAACAGGAGAGGCUCCCACCUGUACUCUCUGACCAGCACAGCCAAGAGCUUGCACAAGUACGUCUUCAGUAUGCGCAGGACAUGGCUUUGGAGGUCGAUGCUCAGGUGGCUGCCAGAAUCCUGACUUUGGAAGCAGAACACAAGGUUCAACUUUCACUUCUUCAGACUGAGCUCAAGGAAGAAAUUGAACUCUUAAAAAUAGAAAACAGAAACUUGCAGGAGAAACUUCAGCACGAGACCCACCUGAAAGAAGACCUGGAGAGCGUCAGACACAGUCUAGUCGAAGACCAUCAGGUAAAACUGAAGACAGCUGAGGAGAAGAUUCAACUACUGAUGCAGGAGUUGCAAAGAAAGGAAGCAGAGUGGGAGCAUUCACACGAGCACCUAAAGAGAGAAGCUGAAGAGAGACUAACCUCCAUGUUUCUUGAGCUAAGAGAAAAGGCUGAGUCUGAGAAACAGUCCAUAGUAAACAGAUUUGAGCUUCGGGAGUCUAGCAUGAGGCACCUGCAGGACCAGCAGGCGGCCCAGAUCUUGGACCUGGAGAAAUCUCUGAUGGAACAGCAGGGCCGCCUGAGGCAGCUGGAACAAGAACUCACCAGAGAUGAAGUUCUGCCCUGUAGCCAGUGUGGCCAGGAGCCCCUUGUGGCCCAGGAUGAGGAGCAUGUCAUGCUCCUCCGUGAGAAGGAAGACUGUGCCCUCCAGCUGAUGAUGGCCCAGAAUAGGUUUCUGGAAGAGCGCAAAGAGAUAAUGGAGAAGUUUGCCAAGGAGCAAGAUGCUUUCCUUCGAGAUGCCCAGGAGAAGCACAUCCAUGAGCUCCAGCUCCUGCAGCAGGGACACCAGCAGCAGCUUGAGGCCCUGAGGACGGAGCUUGAGAGCAAGCACCACUCUGAGCUCGCCCAGCAGCUCACCUCCCUGGAGAGCAAGCAGCAGGUCCUUCUCGAGACUCACGUGGCUGAACUGCAGGUCAAACACAGCGCUGAAAUUCGCGCCUUGGAGAUGCGACAUUUGUCCAACUUGGAUGCGUUGGAAUCCUGUUACUUGGCCGAUGUUCAGGCUCUUCGGGAUGAGCACAGAAGGGCUUUGGAGCUUUUGCGAGCAGAGCUUGAGGAAGAGCUACAGAAAAAGGACUCUUCUCACAAAGAGAUUUUGACACGUGAGUUGGAAAAACUGAAACUGAAACAUGAUGAGGAGCUUGAGUCUGCAAAAGAGAGCUUGAGAAUCAAAAGGCAUGCCAGACACACAGAGAAAGUGAGAGGCCUGGCCACGGACUUGCACGCUACACAGCAGGAGGAACUGGCUAUGACUCUGCACAAUCAAAGGUACCCGCUAGGGAAGGAUGGCAAUGCAGCCUUGGGUAGCAUGGGUGCUGAUGUCCUGCUGCACCAGGCUGUGCCUCAGGAGCUGGGAGAUACACACACUGUUGAAAUGCAGAAGCCACAAGCAGAGUUGGCCAAACCUCAAGAGCUGCAGGCAUCUCAGGAACAGGCUGCACAGCUGAAAGGCCAGGUCUUCUCGCUGAGUCGGGAGAUAGAAGAGUGCAGAGCCGAGCUGGAGAGGCUGCAGCAGAGGAGGGAGCGGGAGAACCAGGAGGGCGCCACGCUCAUCUGCAUGCUCAGGGCCGACGCAGACCUGGCUCGGAGCGAAGGGAAAGUACUCCGAGAUGCUCUGAGGAGACUGCUUGAUUUGUUUGGAGAAACACUGAAGGCAGCUGUCGCCCUCAAGAGCCGGAUCAGUGAGCGCGCAGGGCUCCUCCUGGACCAUGUGGAUGCUGCAGAGACAAGUGAUGCCCGGUUAGCAGCUGCAGCCCUUGGCGAUAUGUGGUCUGACGAGGGUCUUCUAGAGGUAGACAGAACUUUGCCUGAAGGGGCAGAGACAUCUUCAGUGUCUGAAAUUAGCAGUCAUGUAUGUGAAAGCUUUUUUAUGAGCCCCGAGAAUACACUGGAAUGUGAGCAGCCGAUCAGGAAAGUCUACCAGAGCCUCAGCACUGCUGUGGAUGGCCUCCUGGAGAUGGCCCUGGACUCCUCCAAACAGCUUGAAGAAGCACGUCAGCUCCAUUGCUGUGUGGAGAAGGAGUUCCGUCAUAGGAAUGAGGAGAUAGCGCAGGCUGUGCAGAAGCAGCAGGAGCUGUUGGAACGCCUGAGGCAGGAGAGUGCGGCCAAGGAUGGGCUGGCACUGGAGUUGCACACAGCAGAGGGUCUCCUGGAAGGAUUCAAGGUAGAGAAAGCAGAGCUGCAGGAGGCACUGGGCAAAAAGGAGGAGUCAGAACAGCAGCUGAUCCUGGAGCUUGAGAACCUUCGGAAGCAGCUGCAGCAAGCAGCCCAGGAGCUGGUUACUCUGAGGGAAGAAAAUUCUGCCUUGUGGAACCAGAAGGAAACUUUCACUAAUGAAGCAAAAGAAAGAGAAGCUGCUCUGCAGAAGGAAGUGGAAUCUCUAACCAGAGACCAGUGGGAGGCCAGGAAGCAGUCUGAGAAGGACCGUGCCACCCUGCUCUCUCAGAUGCGAGUCCUGGAGUCUGAGUUGGAGGACCAGCUUGUGCAGCACCGGGGCUGUGCCCAGCUGACUGAAGAAGUGGCCACCCUGAAGCAGCAGCUAGCUGCGCUAGACAAGCAUCUCCGUAGCCAGCGUCAGUUCAUGGAUGAGCAGGCUGCUGAACGCGAGCAUGAGCGUGAAGAGUUCCAGCAGGAGAUCCAGAGGCUGGAGGGGCAGCUCCGCCAGGCAGCUCGGCCACGGCCUCCUGGGCUCAGUGACAGCCAGCAGUGUGCACAGCUAGAUGAGGAGGUGGAAUUGUUACAAGAAAAAUUGAGAGAAAAAUUAGAUGGAUUUAAUGAAUUGGUCAUAAAGAAAGAUUUUGCAGAUCAACAAUUGCUAAUCCAAGAACAAGAAAUUAAACGUCUUGAGGAGACAAAUGUCAGCAUACAAAGACAAAUGGCCCAGCUCCAGGAAGAACUGGAAAAACAGAAAAAAAGCAUGGAAGAAUUAAAAGAUAAAGAGGUACUACAGCAAGACCCCUCGAGUGACUUACUGCUACCACCUGUAUCACAGUGUAGGCUGGAUGAAGCCGGGUGUCCUAUACUUUCUCAGGGCGGCUCUUCCAGGGAUCCCGAAACCCCAGCAGAGGUAACAGAGAGGACACUCCUGCAGCAUGAGAAUGAGGUUGUGCACAGUAGAAACUCUGAAAUUGAAGAGCUGAAAGCCAUCAUCGAAAAUUUGCAGGAAAACCAAGAACAAUUGCAGAAGGAUAAAGCAGAAGAAAUUGAGCAGCUCCAUGAAGUCAUUGAGAAGCUGCAGAGUGAGCUGAGCCUCAUGGGGCCCAAGGUGCAUGAACUCAGUGAUCACCAGGCUAGCAAUCUCCACAGUGAGCUGUCCUGCCUCCAUGCAGAAGGCCAGCGUGGACAGGCUCUGCGAAAUGAGCUGGAGGCUGCACAGACAGCCAAGGAGGUCUUUGGCCAGCUUCUGGCAGACCAGGCUCACGGACACAGCCAAGCCCUGGAGGCGCUGCAACAGCGUCUACAAGAUGCGGAGGAGGUUGCUGCAAGACGCUUGGCUGAACUAGAACGUUGUGUGGCCCUCAGAGAGGCUGAGCUUGAAGGCAUGGCCUCUCAGAUCCAAGAGUUUGAAGCUAUCCUGAAGGCAAAGGAAGCAGUCAUUGUGCAGAGAGAUUUAGAAAUCGACACCAUGAACAAGUGGAAAGUAAGCCAUUCCCUUGAGCUGGAGAGCAUCCUUUUGGCUUUGACACAAUUCUGUCAUGCUCUGGAACAGCAGACCUUUGCCACCCCAGAUGAGCCUCCUGAGCUACAGCAGCUGCGAAGGCAGUGUGCUGGCCUCAGCCACCAGCUACAAGUGCUGCACCGGCGUUUCCUGAGGUGCCAGGUGGAGUUGGACCAGCAGCAGGCUCAGGUAGCAUCUGUUGGCUGCUCAUGCCCUUGUGCGGACACACAGGCUGAACAUGGUGGUCAGUUGGAACAGGAUGAUGUCAGCUUGGUAGCCUUGGCACCCCACAGCUCAGCUCCACAGGAUAAUCUACAGUCUGCCGAAGUCCUUGCAACUCUAAAGGAUGCCAGUUUCCACAAGGCCGAAAGUGUGAUGUCAGUGCUCACAGCCUGCCAGAGGCGGCUGGAGGCAGAGAUGCUGUUAGUGAAAAACGCAAUGCACUUGAGCCUGGAGGAUGACAGCGAGGCGCUUGGAGGGAUGCAGGCUAAGGAAAAGCAACUGGAAGAUGGUCAGCUGGGCAGUGCCAACCUCAUAGUCCAGAUGAAACAACUUCAGGAGAAACUGAACCACUUGGUGCAUUCCAUGGCCUCCAGGGACACCAGCAUAGAAAAUCUUAAAUCACAUCAGCCAAACCUGCCAGAAAAUGGUUCAAGUAAUAACUGUCAUAAUGAUGAAGGAAGCAACGUAUCACCCCCUGUCGAUGCAUUUAAUGCUGCUAGAACUACGUGGGAUGUCAUUGAUGCUGUUAAAAAUAAUCAGGAUUUGUUGGUCCCAAUUGAAAUGCCAAGUUUUCCCACUCAAGAACCAUUAACACCACAAGGCGGACCUCUUUCCUCACAAAUCAGUGUGCACAGUGACUCCCUCGAUACUGAGGAGGCUGAGCCCCAGAAGGACUCAGUGAGGGCCCUGGACCUGUCUUCCUGGAGCUCCCCCGAGGUCCUCCGGAAGGACUCGACCCUAGAGCCCCAGCACAGCCUCCCUCUGACCCCCCGGACAGGUCCAGUGAGCCUGCACAGUGCGGACACCUCCUCCCAAGACUGGACAGACCCUCUGCUGCUGGCCGAUGCGUCAGGGCUGCUUUGUUACCCGGGCAAGUCAGCAACAGGACAAGCCCCGCUGUGGGUGCUGGCUCCUUCGGCUGAGAACCACCAUGUGGAGAGGCUGGCUACGGAGAAGGAUGUCGAAGACUUUAUCAUAACAUCAUUUGAUUCUCAAGAAUUGUUAACAUCCCCUCAUGAAUCAGCAAGAAGUGAUGGGAGUGGGAAAAACGAUGGCCCAAGCAGUGCUCCGAUGCUGACUUUGGGCUCAGGAGGAGCCGAGACUCCCACCACCGAUCUUGCUGCUGCGGCUGCUGCUGCUCUUCCUUUCUCUAGAAGGUUCAUCCAGUCACCAGGAGCAAUGAAGGAGAAGGAAAUCCAUGCAAAGCACAUGAAGGCUUUGCUGCAGUUGGUGUUUGAUGAGGGCCAUCAGAUACUGGCCUUGUCAGAGAGCCAGGACCUCCCGAAUUCGCUGAGCAAGGGUGAACCACAUGACCCCCUGGAUGGCCUUCCAAGGGACAGGCAAGCCCUUUUGGAGCUGACAACUGACAGAGAAGAGAAGGAGUCUUCGGAAGCACAACUUACAUGGAAUGAGGAGCUUUUGCAGGCCAUACAAGAAGUGUUUGCCAGGGAGCAGGAAAAUGCUGAGCUGCAGCCGAGAGCCUACGGCUUAGACCUAGGGGAUUAUAACGCCCUAUUCAAGAGGCUGGAGAAGGUUAUUCAAGAGCAGGGAGACCCGCAGAAGGUCCAGGGACAACUGUGUCUGCCGGACAGGAGCAGCCUGCUGUCUGAGAUUCAGGCCCUGCGUGCUCAGCUCCGCAUGACACACCUACAGAACCAAGAGAAGCUGCAGCAGUUGUGUGCAGCCCUGACGAGCACAGAGGCCCGUGGGAGCCAGCGGGAGCACCAGCUACGGAGACAAGUUGAACUUUUGGCAUACAAAGUCGAGCAGGAAAAGUGCAUAGCCCAUGACUUACAGAAAACCUUGAACCAAGAACAAGAGAAGGCGAGCGAUGUCCGCAAGCUCCUGAUGGUGGAACAGAGUGCAGUACAGGAUCUAAAGUCGGAGCUGCAUGCAUGCAAGCAGGAGAACACAAGGCUGCUGGAGUCCCUGGACAAGGUGCAGCAGGAGGUCCUGCGGCUCAGAGCCAUGCUGGACGGGAAGGAGAAUGAGCUGAAGGUUGUACUUGAGCAGCUGGAGUGCCAGCGAGGGAAGGAGCGAGCCCUGCAGGCGCAGCAGGAGGAGCAGCAGCUGCGGCACCUGCAGAGCGAGGGCCGGAGCUCCAGGGCCCUGGAGGAGUUAAAAAUGUCUUUGGAGAAGCAGCGUGCUCAAAAUAACCAACUGUGCGUUGCUUUAAAACACGAGCGUGCGGCCAAGGACAACCUGCAGAAGGAGCUACAGAUCGAGUCCUCCCGCUGCGAAGCCUUGCUGGCCCAGGAGAAGGGCCAGCUUUGUGAGCUGCAGAAGAGCCUAGAGGCUGAGAGGAGCCGCUCGCUGGAGCUUUCCGAGGCCUUACAGCAUGAGCGGCUCUUGACGGAGCAGCUGAGCCGCAACGCGCAGGAGGCCUGUGCCCGCCAAGAGACCCAAGUGCAGCAUGCCUUAUUGCGAAAGCUCAAAGCAGAGAAGGCUCGUGCCCUGGAGCUGGAAACCAUGCUUGAGAAGGUGCAGAAACAGGCUGCGCAUAUACAGCAGCAACUGGAAUCUCAGGCUCAGGAGCGCUGUGUAGAGCUCAGGAAAGAGAAGGAGGUAAGUGAGAACCUGAGAUCAGCCGUGGAUGCCUUGCAGACUCACAAACAGGAGCUGGGAUACUGUCUGGAGAGAGAGAGGGAGAAAUCAACUUGGUUACAGGCAGAAUUAGAACAGUUAUCCACAAGAGGGAAAGAGCAAGAAGGACGCACGGACGCACGGAGGAUGGAGAGGAGGUCAAGCCGAGCAGACGUGGAAAAGAAGAAGUUGCAGAAAGACAAGGAGAGGCUGCGAGAAUUAGAGUUACAGCGGCAGCGUGAUGAGCAUAAAAUCGAGCAGCUUCAGCAGACGGUGAGAGAGCUGAGGUGGAAAGAGAAGGUGACUGAGGGGGGUGGCCCUGGCCGGAGCUCCCCCCGCCUGGGUUCUCUGGAGCUGGACCAUGUUCAGGAGCAGCAACAGGAGCUGGAGAAGAUACGGCAGCAGCUCCUCUGUGUGGCUGGGCUCCUCAUAAGCUUUACCAACUGCACUGUGGACAGGACAAUUAAAGAUUGGACGUCAUCAAAUGAGAAGGCGGUGUCAUCCUUAAUGCAUACCCUUGAGGAACUGAAGUCUGAACUGAGCAUGCCUACCUCCUCCAAGAAAAAGAUGGCGGCAGAGCUACAAGUCCAGCUGGUGAAUGAGCUGCUGAGAGACAACGAUGCCCUUUCAAAAGCUAUCAGCGCAGCAACCCGCGAGAAAGCAGAGCUGUGCAGAACCAUCUCCCGGCUCGAGAAGACCCUGAAGCACCACACACAGAAAGGCUGUCUUCUCAGUAGGCAAAGCAAGUCUUCAUGGAAGCAAGAUGGGGCGGUUUUGCAGAGUUCUCUGCGGCACUCAGAUCCUGAGUGGCACUCAUCGACUUCCAGUGUGGAAGCAAACACCUGCAAUACCAAGAUGGAAAAACUGUACCUGCACUAUCUGAGAGCAGAGAGCUUUAGAAAAGCUCUGAUUUAUCAAAAGAAGUAUCUCCUGCUGCUGAUUGGCGGAUUCCAGGACUCGGAACAGGAAACGCUCUCCAUGAUUGCUCAUUUGGGGGUAUUUCCUUCCAAAGCAGAUAAGAAAAUUACUACAUCACGUCCUUUUACAAAGUUCCGUACCGCCGUGAGGGUUGUCAUCGCAGUAUUGAGGUUGCGAUUUUUGGUUAAGAAAUGGCAAGAAGUGGAUCGGAAAGGAGCGCUGCUACAUGGCAGAAGCACGCGCCAAGGGCAUCGAAUGUCCCGGAGACAGCAUUCUCCAUCAGAAAACAGAGCGUCUCUGCCAACCAGAGAAGUUUCCUCAGGUCAUAUCAAGGACUCCAGACACAGCCCCAGAUCCUCGACAGCAAUCUCGCCGGGCAAAGUGGAAAGAUCCCCUUCGUCACCAAAUUCAAGGUUAGAAAGAUCUCUGACUGCUUCUCAAGAUCCAGAACAUUCCUUGACAGAAUAUAUUCAUCGUUUAGAAAUGAUCCAGCAAAGACUUGGGGGGUUGCCACCAGACUCUACUCAGAAGUCCUGCCAUCAGAAGAUUAAACAAUGAAUAAAGUCUUGUGGCUCUUAACUGUGACAGUUGUAUCUGAGGAAAGAUGGCUUUCCUAAGGGAAGCUCAUGGUGUGGUCUGGGACACACUGCAGGAGUCAUGACACCAGCCCCUAGGAGCGCCGAGCAUUUCCAAAUCAACACACUGCUGAAGGGAGCACUUUUGCUCCUCCCUCCUCCCGGUGGGCAAUGACUGCGGUGUUCUCUGUGCCUAUGACAGAGCCAUCUGCCUCCAUGUCAGAAGUGGAGAGUGAGUGGUUCCAGUUGUUUAUUUUCUUAACGUGUAAGGAUGGAAAGUUCGUUUGUAAACGAACACAUAGGAAGGAGAGAAUAAAUUUUGGAAGGAAAGAAUAAAUUUUAAGUACUGUUCUCUUA